AUGGUAGCUCUUCAGAUCCUAUCGGACCUCCACCUGGAGAAUCCCCGCGCGUACGACCUCUUCGACAUUCCUCCUAGAGCCCCGUAUCUCGCACUCCUGGGCGAUAUAGGAACCGUGAAGGACGACGAGCUCUUCACGUUCCUGACAUCGCAGCUCCAGAAAUUCGACAUUGUUUUCUUUCUUUUGGGAAAUCAUGAGCCAUACGGUUCCAAUUGGCUGGACGUGAGGAAUCGAGUUAGAAAGUUCUCCGAGGACGUCAGCCAGCGUCGAGUCCAGGAGACAGGACUAGGAGAAUUCGUUUUUCUCGACCAAACGCGAUAUGAUAUAUCCGACGACGUGACAGUUCUCGGCUGCACGCUGAAUUCCAGGGUUCCGGAAAGCCAAGCAGAGAAUGUCAGCUAUCGCCUGAACGACUUCUACUAUAUCAGUGACUGGACUGUCGAAGCUCAUUCUGCAGCCCACGAAGCAAACCGGAAGUGGCUCAAUGAGCAAGUAUCGCAAAUAAGUGCUUCGAAGCCUCAUCAAAAAAUUGUUGUUUUCACCCAUCACUCUCCAACGGUCGAUCCCGUGGCCUCUGACCCUGCGCACGCCAAUAGCCCUAUAUCCUCAGCGUUUUCAACUGAUCUCUCCGGCGAGACAUGCUGGGAGAAGCCCCAAGUGCGGCUUUGGGCAUUUGGACACACGCAUUAUAACUGCGAUUACACAGAACAACGGACUGGGAAGAGAGUGGUGGCGAACCAGCGGGGUUACUACUUUGCGCAAGCGGCGGCCUUUGAUCCGGAGAAAGUGGUUCAUAUUUAA